UAACAAAGGAAGUUGUUGCUAUGGGAACUGGAACAAAAUGUAUUGGCCAAAACAAAAUGAGAAAAAACGGAGAUAUUCUGAAUGACAGUCAUGCUGAAAUUGUGGCCAAGAGGAGCUUCCAGAGAUAUCUUCUCCAUCAGAUGUGGCUGGCAGCUUCCCAUCAGCAAUGCAGUAUCUUUAUUCCGGGAUCUGAAACUGGGAAGUGGAAACUCAGACCAAAUACUGUAUUUGUUUUCUUCUCCAGUCACACCCCAUGUGGAGAUGCUUCUAUUAUUCCAAUUAGUGAACCAGAGAACCAGCUUUCUAAGCCAGUGACUGGAGAUGAUACAGUUGGGCAAUCAGCAGAGUGUAGAAGUAACCAUGAUCAUUUGGGUCCAGAAGGUAAAAGGAAAUCAGAGGAAAUGGCAAGUGAUCAUGUACUCAAGAGAAUGAAAACUGACGAUGGUGGUUGCUUUUCCGUAAUGACUGAAGAUACUGUUCAGCAAGUAUCUGUGAAACCAGAAGGCGACACAAAUCCAAAGAGCUGUGGAUGUUCUGCAGAGAUGCAAACAGCUAAUAAGGAGACUGGCUUAGGGAGACCGAAAAUAGUAGAUGUUUAUAGAACUGGAGCAAAAUGUGUACCUGGAGAGCUGGGUGAUGCCCGAACACCUGGCCUAGGGUACCACCGUGUGGGAUUAUUACGAGUGAAGCCAGGUCGUGGGGAUGCAACACGCUCUAUGUCCUGCAGUGAUAAACUGGCUCGUUGGAAUGUGUUAGGGUGUCAAGGAGCUCUUUUGAUGCAUUUCCUGCAGUAUCCAGUGUAUCUGUCAGCAAUUAUAGUGGGGAAGUGUCCAUAUAGCCAAGAAGCUAUGCGGAGAGCAAUUAUUGAAAGGUGUCAGCAUAUCUCAUUUUUACCAGAUGGUUUUCUCCCUCAGGAGGUUGAACUACUGCAAUCAGAUCUCCAAUUUGAACAUAGCCGUCAGGCAAUUCAGGAAGUUCAAACCAACAGCAAAACAAAACUUGUUCCUUGUAGUGCAGCUAUCAGUUGGAGCGCAGUCCCUGAGCAGCCUCUGGAUGUCACCUCAGAUGGCUUCCGGCAGGGGACAACAAGGAAGGGUAUUGGAAGCCAUCAGAGCAGAUCCAAGAUCUGUAAAGUGGAACUCUUCCAUACAUUUCAAGAGCUGGUGACAAGUAUUUCACAAGAGAAUCUACCAGACACUCUCCGGAUGAAGACUCUAGAAACCUACUGGGACUACAAGGAAGCUGCAUUAAAUUAUCAAGAAGCCUGGAAAGUGCUGCGUAGCCAAGCUCUGCUGGGUUGGGUCAAGAAUACCAAGGAAUAUCUGCACUUCACAUGAGAAUACAUGCGGCUAUGUAAAUCCAGCAAUAAGUCCUGGUGCACAGCAGAUACCUCUGCAGUUUGACGGCUAGAAGUAGAUGUCCUCUAGUUCAUGUGCUGUAAGGAGACAGGAGUGAAAAGAAAAGCAAUUUAGAGA